UCCCGCGAAAUACGUCUUACGUAUCGUAAUAUCGUGUUACAUUUUCAGAGUGUACAAAUUUUACUUUAAGUGUUUCAAAAAGAAUUAAAAUAAAUGUGUUUCAACGUGCGACGUUAAAUCAUUAAAGGAUUUGUAAAGAACCCAUCAAAUGUGCAGAUGUAGAAAUGUAACAAUAAAACCAAGAGUACCAUCGAAAAUGAAGCGGCGAUCGCUGACCACGGUACGUGAGGAGUCACCACAGAAGGCAUACGUCAGUGACGUCACGAUAUACGUCAUGGUGACCACUACAGCAGUCCUCAGUUACAUGAACAGCCUCAAUGGGGACUUUGUCCAUGAUGAUAUACCAGCCAUUGUGACAAACGGGGAUGUGAUCGGGACGAAUUCGUUGAAGCAACUGUUUCUGGACGACUAUUGGGGAAUGCCGAUGGCUGAUGUUAACAGUCAUAAGUCUUAUAGGCCGCUUACUACGCUGUCUUUUAGAUUAAAUCACGCCCUAGCAGGGCUGAGGCCGUGGUGGUGGCACGCGUGCAACGUUGCGCUACACGCUGCAUGUUGCGCCUUAGUGGCGCGAGCUUGCGUCACUAUCGCGCGACUGCAGCGCCCAUUCGCUGCACUAGCGGCACUCUUGUUUGCCGUGCAUCCUGUACACACUGAGGCGGUAGCUGGAGUAGUAGGCAGAGCUGAUGUGUUAGCUUGUAUUUUUUUUCUAUCAUCACUUCUAGUUUAUCACAGGCCUCCGAGCAACAAGAAGUGUGUUUGGCUCAGCGUCGUGCUCGGAGCUCUCAGUAUGCUGGCCAAAGAAACUGGCAUCAUGAUAUUUAUACUCAAUCUAGCCUUCGACUUUUAUAGAUGUUGGCCGUUUGUUAAAAGAUCAAUAUGUUCCUUAAAAAUUGAGAAGAAAUGUACAGGGCUAUCACUAAGGACUAUAAAAGUGGUAGUUUCUUUAGCCUUGCUGGUCUGUCUGAGACUAGCACUUUUACAAGGGACGUGGCCUUCAUUCUCACCACAAGACAAUCCAGCUGCCUUUCAUCCUAGUUUUUUUGUCAGAUUGAUGACGUUCUGCUACCUAGCGGCAUUCAACUGGUGGUUGCUCCUAUGUCCGUGGACUCUCAGCCACGACUGGCAGAUGGGGUCAGUGCCACUGAUCACCAGCGGUUGGGACCCCAGGAACUUGCUCACUUGUGCCGCUUUUGGGGCACUGCUGGUACUGUGCUAUCGGUUUAUUGCCGAUUUAGAGGUACAGAAGCACACGCCGGCAGUGAUCGGCGUCCUCCUAAUGGUUCUACCCUUUGUGCCUGCCAGCAAUUUAUUGGUAACAGUGGGAUUUGUAAUUGCCGAGAGAGUGCUUUAUAUACCAAGCGUGGGUAGUGUAAUAAUAACAGCGUACGGUGUACAACUGAUGUGGUGUUCGAAGCCUGGCACGAAGGUGUACCUGGCGAUUGGUCUGGCGGUCCUAGCUGCCAGUGGAGUGGCUAGGACACAUCGUAGGAAUGCUGAGUGGAGGGAUCGAGCUACUUUAUUGAGGGCGGAUUUAGUGACUUUGCCGCAGAACGCUAAACUGCACUACAACUUGGCAAACUUUCUACGCGAGACAGAACAACAAGACAGCGCCAUCAAACAUUACAAAGAAGCUUUGAGAUUAUGGCCAAGUUACGCGAGUGCUCACAACAACAUAGGCACUCUGGUGUCGGGUAUGGAUAACGCUGAACAUCAUUUCUUACAAGCGAUAAAGUUUAAUAAGUACCACGUGAAUGCACACUACAACCUCGGCAAGCUUUAUAAAAAAAGUGGCAGAAUGCAGCAAGCAGUAACAAUGUUAGAAAAAUGCAUAUGGCUGCAGCCUAGAUUCGUGCAGGCGCAUGUCGAACUGUUGUCCUUGAAGACAGAUAAUGAGAAGCAGAGGAUCCUGAAGAGACUGAUCGACCUGGAACCGAGUAACUGGGAACAUUAUGUGCUGUAUGGUGAUUGGUUGAGAAGUAGAGGGUUGCCAGCACCAGCUGCAAAAUACUACCUGGAAGCAACAAGACUGAGUUUUAGGUAUCGAGGGGCUGAGAGGAACGUUAGAGCAGACCUGAUUACCUUCAGGUAUACUGCGCUCAUGUACCGGUCACUGGGACAGAAGUCUAGGACACUGCAGUUACUAACAAGGUGGCACACGUGGAGACGAGGCUGGCCGAGUGCAGCAGCAGCACACAUGUACUUAAGAGACUGGCGACUCAAAAUGGAGUUGGAAGGUCGAGCACAAAUAUAUUCUAAGGCUGUCAGUCCUACAAAAUCAACAAAAUGCUUCGACCACACACAGCUAGCGGUCGGAUCAAAAGAAGAACGAAUACCACAAAAAGAAGAAAAAAAUAAAACUGUGGACACAAAAAGUGCUAUCAAAAUCUCAAGUGAUAAAAAAGACAGUGACAAUAGAUCGUGCGGGACCAAAAAACGUAACUUAUCUGUUUCGUCACAAAUAAAGACAACACACAAUAAAUCUGAGAUCGGAUUAAAAGACAAAAAAUGUACCUUGCAUAGAAAAGAUAAGAAAAAGAAUAAUGGCGUUAUAGCGAACAUAGGUGCGCCAUUAGCUGAACAUAUACUUAUGAAGACGUAUUAA